AUGGUAAAGAACCCCAAAGGAAACUUUAGUGCGCACUGGAUUUUCAAGUACAAAGAAUUCUUUGAUAUCAUGGACGUUGACGAAAAUGGAGUAGUGACUGAAGAGGAAUGCAUUGAUUCAACAACAGAGCGAGCUAAACAAGUUCUCCCAUCUUGGCGAGCCAUGGCGGUGAAUGGUAUACUGUACAGUGCGUUUUACUUGUGGUGGUCAAAUGAAUACACCAACUUUUCAAAGUCCUUCACAUUUCAAGAAAUGCUUCGGAUAGAAGAAUUUGAACUCCCUAUUUCAAGAGAAGAGACCGUAAAAUUGGCAAGAGAUUGGUUUGGCGCAUUUGAUCUUGACUGCGAUAGCAAAUUGAUGGUAGACGAGUAUUCCAACUUCCUUACUAUUUUCCGUAACACUGCUAAGGUUCAAGAUAUAUUUGAUUCCAUUGAUUGGAAUGAGGAUGAUGUGAUUGAUACCAAUGAGUUCAUAGACGCUUUCGAGGACUACUGGGUUGGUCAAAAGCCCAGCCCCUCUGAUGUCUUUUUAGGCACUCGUUAUUAG